UAAUUAAUGCUAUUAUCAGUAUUAAUUAAAACUAUAGUAUAUAUAACCUUUUUUUUCAACCCCUUUGAUUUUCGUCUUCCCCCUUUCAUUCUUCUAUUGCUCUCAACAGAUAGCAGAAAUUCAUUGAUUAAAAAUUAAUUAAUAAAAUUUGUAAUUUCUUUCAAUUCAUCAUCAUUAUGAGUCUCUUUGGCCUUGGAAGCAGAAACCAGAAGACUUUUCGCCCAAAGAAGAAUGCACCCUCUGGGAGUAAGGGUGCUCAACUUCAAAAACACAUCGACGCUACCUUGGGUAGUGGAAACCUGAGGGAAGCUGUGAAGUUACCUCCUGGAGAAGAUUUUAAUGAAUGGCUGGCGGUGAACACGGUGGACUUCUUCAAUCAAGUUAACAUUCUCUAUGGAACUCUCACUGAGUUCUGUACGGCAACCAGCUGCCCAACAAUGACUGCAGGACCAAAAUACGAGUAUAGAUGGGCUGAUGGAGUUACCAUAAAGAAACCCAUUGAAGUGUCUGCUCCAAAAUAUGUUGAAUAUCUGAUGGACUGGAUUGAAGCUCAGCUUGAUGAUGAAUCAAUAUUUCCCCAAAAAUUGGGGUCACCUUUUCCUGCAAAUUUCCAGGACGUUGUCAAGACUAUCUUCAAGAGGCUGUUCCGUGUUUAUGCACACAUCUAUCACUCUCAUUUUCAGAAGAUUGUAAGCUUGAAGGAAGAAGCUCAUCUCAAUACUUGCUUUAAGCAUUUUGUUCUUUUUACAUGGGAAUUCCGCUUGAUUGACAAGGGCGAACUAGCCCCGUUGCAAGAGCUUGUGGAGUCGAUUCUUCAGUGCUAGUAAAAUGUUGGUGUCCAUUCCCCAUUGUUAGUUAAACGUUGUAAAUGUUGCUCCAUAGACCACAGAAUGUUUUGACUCACAUUUUUGUAAGCUGUUUGGUUGACUAAUUAAAUUACUCAUGGGGUUUGCAACUUUGCAUUGGUAAUUACUCCUAUUUGGUUUGUGUUAUUUAGCCCCCUUAGUUAUUGCUGAAUAAAUCUUCUCUCCGCCGAAGGGAAAGGAGUUGGAAGUUAUUUAUUCACUUGGGAUCGCGUAGAUGCAAAUUGUAACUACUGUCAAGUUGUUAUAUGAUCAAGUCUUUUACACAUA